CUCCUGGUCGCGGGGCGAGUGCAUCUCAGCCCCUCUGUCCGCGGGCCCUGGGCAGGCGCUUCCUGGAAGAAGCCACAGGCACACAGACGGCCCCACACAUGGCCUGGUUGGGGGGCAUCGCCUGCCUGCACUGACCCCCCGGCCCGUGGCAUGGGUCCCAGGGGCUCCGGGGACUGGCUGGGGAUCGCCGUGUCCCCACCCCUCACUGGAGUUCUCCGGGACCGGGCGAGUGCCGGGCUCGGGGCGGGCCCGCGCCCCCCGCGCCCCCCGCCGGCCGCGCUCGGCUGUCUCCGCGCCCGGCGCUCGGCGGCACUCGGCUGUCUCCGGCCGCUCGGCUCCGCGCUCGGCUCGGGUCCGCGGCCGCUGCGGCGCCGGGCAUUUCUCCGCAGCUCGGCUCGCGGCCGCGCCCGCCCGGCCCGCGCCCAUGCAGGCCAUCAAGUGCGUGGUGGUCGGCGACGGCGCCGUGGGGAAGACCUGCUUGCUGAUCAGCUACACGACCAACGCCUUCCCGGGAGAGUACAUCCCCACCGUUUUCGACAACUACUCUGCGAACGUGAUGGUGGACGGGAAGCCGGUCAACCUGGGGCUGUGGGACACCGCCGGGCAGGAGGACUACGACCGGCUGAGGCCACUGUCCUAUCCCCAAACUGACGUCUUUCUGAUCUGCUUCUCUCUCGUGAGCCCGGCGUCCUUUGAGAAUGUUCGAGCCAAGUGGUACCCCGAGGUGCGACACCACUGCCCCCACACGCCCAUCCUCCUGGUGGGCACCAAGCUGGACCUCCGUGACGACAAGGACACCAUUGAGCGGCUGCGGGACAAGAAGCUGGCGCCCAUCACCUACCCCCAGGGCCUGGCCAUGGCCCGGGAGAUUGGCUCUGUCAAGUACCUGGAGUGCUCCGCCCUCACUCAGCGGGGCCUGAAGACCGUGUUUGACGAGGCCAUCCGGGCUGUGCUCUGCCCACCCCCUGUGAAAAAGCCCGGGAAGAAGUGCACGGUCUUCUAGAGCCAGCUUCUGGAGGAGCGACCCUGCCCGGGCCCGUGCUUGCUGUCGUGUCGAGAUGUUUGGUGUCCUUGAGUCUGCUGUGGGGGAGUGGUGUGGGUGGGGAGGGGGAAGAAGCAUGGGGACAGGGCUGGGGCCGUGGAGUCCUGUCUGCUUUGUCUUGUCCUUCUGGGGUACAGCUCCAGCUUUACCUGGCCCCCACGGGAGGCUGGAAGGGAGCAGGGUCUCCCUCGGGCUGCAGGGGCAGGUCCAGGGCAGCCCCAGGAUGGGCUUCCUGGUGGGGGAGGUUGGGGGGAUGGGUCCGGUUCAUGCCCAGGAUGGGGCAGCCCUUUCUUCUUUUAUACAAUAAACUUUCUCCACCACCA